CAGAAACAGAUGCAGGCUCUCUCGGAGGAAUACCAGAAGCUGCAGACCGAACUCGAUGGUUUUGUUGAGGCUCGCCAGAAGCUCGAGUCGCAGGAACAGGAAAACAAGGGUGUCCAGAUUGAAUUCGACUCCUUGGACGAUGAUUCAAAUAUCUACAAGCUCAUCGGACCAGUCCUGUUGAAGCAAGAUAAGAAGGAGGCCGUCAUGGCCGUCAACGGUCGUCUUGAGUUCAUUGAGAAGGAGAUCAAGCGAAUUGAGAAGCAAAUCGAAGAGGCACAAGAAAAGAGCGACAAGAAACGCACAGAGGUA